AUGACUUCAAGCAACAAACCGGAGCGAGCCAGCUUCAAUGACAGCGUAGAGCCAAUUCAGGUUCCUCUAAGCGCAGAAUGGGGUAUCCAUGUCCCUGGUCACGAGAUGAUCAAACUCAUAUAUGGAUUCACCCCUCGAGAUAUGGACGACCGAUGGAUGUGUUGCACCGACGGGCCUGACAAGGAGGGAAACAUCAGGGUCCGGAUGUGUAGAAGCUGGAGUAGCAUGGAGAAUGUCGCACUUAUCGGACAAGUGCCAGCCGAGGCAUACAACAACGAGAAGAUCAUUAAGAGGGAGGGAGGUGUCAUUUCGAAAAUUGUUUGGGAGAAGCCGCAGAAAGAUGAGUAUGAACCUAUGGAUGAGAAGAGGGCGAAAGAAUUCGCAAUUAAUUUCAGCAAAGCUUGGAUGAAAUGCGAUUUGAAGGGGUAA